AUGCUUCGGGAAGCCGUGCGGGUUCCUGAGAAGACCCGGGAGCUGGGCUGGAGCCACACGUCCAGUGAUUCUCGUCCUUACUGCCCUGUAAUCCUCGUCCUUAGAGUUUUAAGUGUCAGCUCCUGUGUGCCCUGGUCUCCACGAGCCAGCAUCACCCUGCUGCAGCGGGAACACGAGUCAGAAAGUCAGCCAGGGGAGGGCUAUUGCGUGCCCACUGUGUGCUGGCUUCUGCUGGGUGUCGCACUCGCCGUGCACUUCGUAGAGUGUUUCAAGCCGCCCAGUCAGACUCACCUACCUCGCCUUCAAGCAGUAGUCUUCCCACAAAUAGUGCAGCUACUACCACCGUACCAGGUCCACCUAACUCUAACAGCACAUCACCAAGCCCACGUAACUCUAACAGCACCUCACCAAGUCCAGCUAACUCUAACAGCACCUCACCAAGUCCACAACUCUAACAGCACCUCACCAAGCCCACCUAACUCUAACAGCACCUCACCAAGCCCACCUAACUCUAACAGCACCUCACCAGGUCCACCUACUUCUACCACCAUCGCACCACCUUCAUCUGCUCCUACAGUUCCUGUGUCAAGUGCAGUUCCAGACUCCAAUGCCACGACUACAGAAGCUAAAUCAACCACAACUGGAAGAACAUCACCUGUAGCGACCACUAACACCACCUCACCUGGAAGUGGUAACUCAAGCUCAGCCGCUCCUUCUCCAACAACACAAACGAACAAUAAUGGAUCGAUCACCACCCCAAACAUACAAAAUAAUUCCUCAGAGGUUGUUACUCCAGUGACUUCUGGCAAUGUCACUUCACCCACGAUUAGCACGCCAAAACCUGGUCCCACAGUUCCCAGCAACCCUUGCCAAGGAGCUCCCUGUAAAGAUGGUUCUUCAUGUGUUAGCCUGAAUAAUACCUAUUUUUGCCUGUGUUCAUUUGGAUAUUACUAUAACUCUUCCACAUGCAAAAAAGGAAAGUUAUUCCCUGGAAGUAUUAUAGUAAAAGUAUCAGAAGCAUCUGGUUUGGGAGAUGAAAAUUCUUUGGUCUAUCAAAAAUUACAUAUUGAAAUUACUGAUUUUUUUAAGAACACGUUUGACAAUUCUGAUUACGGACAGACUGUAAUUGAGGAAGUAAGCACCUCUCCUUCAGCAAGAUCAGAAAUGCGUGCUGGCGACAAUGGUGUUGUGGUAGAGGUCUUAAACAUCUUCAUAGAAACUACAAAAGAAAAUGAGAACACUGUGUCUGAAACAAUUAGAAAAGCAAUUGAAAACAGCACGGCUGGCAUUACGGGAUAUACUAAUCAAAGUCUGUGUGAUUAUUAUGGUUGUGAAAAGGAAAAUGAGCAAGACGACUGUAACAGCGGUUCGCUGUGUAAAUGCAAGCAGGGAAUGGAAAGACCUAACCCCCAGAUCCCUGUGUGUGUUGCUUCUGCUCAAAAGUGUUCUGACACCUGCAACGCAGACCACAAUAAGCAGUGCUUAGUGAACGAGGACGGCACGAACGCUGAAUGUGUGUGUCUGUCAGGCUACAAGGAAGAUGCUCAUGGGAUCUGUCGAGAGUGUGCAUUUGGCUACAGCGGAGUCAACUGUGAAGACCAAUUCCAGCUGAUCCUCACUAUCGUGUGCAGCAUUGGCGGUGCCCUCAUUCUCUGCCUGGUGAUAGCAUUGAUCGCCUUAGCAAGCUCAAAGAACAAAAACAAGAAUAUUGAAGAACAGAACUUGAUUGAGAACGACUUUCAAAAUCUGAGACUGCGGCAGACGACAGGCUUUAGCAAUUUUGGAGCAGAAGGAAGUAUCUUCCCUAAAGUCAGGGCAAAUGUCUCCAGUCAGCCACAGAAUCCCUAUGCAAACCAGAGAAGCAUGCCCCACCCUGACUACUAGAAUGGUAAAAAAUUGGGGACCAUCCAUGGCCCUCAACCCAAUGUCUGAGUUUUUCUAUUGAGUGUGUAAAAGACUAAUGGAGAAGUGAGCCGCCGGGAAGAUCUGGCCUUGGCUACUCCUCUGGCACCCAGCACCCAGCCUCUCUGGAUGGAAGUUGUGACUGCUUGGCAAUGAAUGCAGCUCGUACCUAUGAAAUUAAAUGCACAUAGAUGCUGUUAGCAUUUGUAAGACAGUUGAUUCUGACCAAUCAGUACAAUGGUUAGGUUUUUGGUGGUUUUUUUUUUUUUUUCCCUGGUGGGGCAGCAAUAACCAUUUCCAAUCUAGAGGAAAGUCCCCCAGGAUUGUUGACUCCUGGGAGAAUAUUGCUUUGAGUUGAUAGCCUACAGAUCUGUGAUCUGAUUCUGAGAGACUCUUACGCUUCAGCUAUGGAGGUCCCAGGGCAUGGGAAGAAAUAACCAUCUUUUAAGGUUCUCAGGCUUAUUCUCUGAUAAGUCAAAAUAGGAUGCUGCUUCAGUCCCUCCAGUGUAGGCAUUUCAUUACCCUCGGCCUGGCGGGAGCUCACACCAAGGAGACAGAAAAAACACAUGUCUCUCAGCUUUUGGGGGAGAAGUGACUGGGAAUGCAGGAUCUUUUUGAUGUUAAUUAGAAGGCCCAGACUAGAACUGCCCGCCAUGGAGUACAUUCUAGAGUUUUUGAAAUGCCAGUAGGUGAUAGAGGCGGGGAGGAAAAAAAGCAAAAAAUCCCACAAAACCAUAACCAGGAAUGGGAGGAACAGGCAGAAGGAAGCUGGGCUGGAAGGAUGAGUGGGUGGGGGCGACGCACGCUGGAGCCACCUCUGUCCUCAGAUCCCCUCCUCAAUGAGUGAACAGACGUUUCCUCCAAUGCGUGUUCUACCCACGACUUGGAGCCUAAGGAAGUGUGAUGACAACACCCCAGGAGCAAGAGCCGGAAGACACUUGGAAAUGGCGGAUUCUGUUUGGCUGAUGGUGAAAGAGGGAGAUUGAGGUCUGGCUCCGGAUGCCCAGCCUCGGGACGCAGAUUCCAGAGGUCCUUCAUGGAGGCGGCGGCCUUCCCUGUGGCCACCAGCAUGCACAGCCACAUCCAGCGUGCGCUUUCUUUAAUGUUAAUAGUGUCCUUGUUUAUGUCUAAUGUCUGGUCCCCUUGCGAGUUAUUUUUAUUUGUUGUUAUUAUUAUUUGUUCUUGACUAUUAACUGUUAAGAGGUAAUAAAUAAAGUGUCU